GUUACCAGAUCGAGAUGUCGCUGUUGGACGGCUGAGAUUGAUCUCCUAUCCGUCGUCUUUAGUCGUCGUUGCUUCCUCGAUCGAUAGAUCGAACUCCUCUAACCUCUUCCUGGUCUCGCGUUCUGGCAAGGCGAUCAAUCGCGAUCGGUUCUUUCUUCAGUGGGAAAUGGGGAUAAUUAAGGACGUCCUGCUGCUGCUGAUGUUGCUCGUAACUCCGAUUCCAGAUGUGUUCGGGAUCCCUGUCACGGCGCCUGCCUUUAUGUGGUCGCCUCAACAUUACGGAUCAUCAAAUGUUGACAAGAAAGAACUUGUUGUCUACCAAACAAUCACCCCUAGGGAUUUAGCUAGUUUGGUUUUGUCUGAAGGAGGUUGGUCAGACUUGGUGUGCUCUAGGGAAGACGCUGACGAGAAUAUUGAUGUAGCUAUCCUUUUUAUUGGAAGAAAGUUGCAAUCAUCAGAUGUCUCUAGUGCUAAAGUGCAAGACCCUUCUUUGAUUGAGAUGCUCAAGUUCACAUUCACAACGUCAAAUGUCUCCAUGGCAUUCCCAUAUGUUACCAUUGAUGAACUGGAGACAUUGGAAGACUCUUUGGUAAAAGGUUUUACAGAAAAUUGUGGACAAGGAUCAGGAAUGAAUCGUAUUGCUUACUUGAACACUUGUUCCAUUAAUGGAGAAAAUGGUAGGAAACUUGAAGGCUUGCAUUCACUUGAGGGCUUUUUGGAUUCAAGGACGAGUGGGAAGACUGAUUUGAUUGUUUUGUGCCAUGGAAGUUCUGAAGAGUCAGAUAGCACUCACUCAGAAGGGGAGGUUCUGUCGGACGUAGUUGAUUUACUAAAGGAGUCUGGUGCCAAGUACACAUUUCUUUAUGCUUCUAGACCUCACGGGAUUCAGUAUCCGACUCGUUUGGCAGUGAGGUAUCUUGCAGAAGGCACCGGCAAUGCCUCUGCAAACUCAACUUGUGAUGGAAUCUGCCAAUUGAAGUCAUCACUCCUUGAAGGAGUUUUUGUUGCAAUCGUUCUACUCAUAAUAUUGAUAUCGGGUCUAUGUUGCAUGGCUGGAAUUGACACACCCACAAGAUUUGAGACUCCCCAAGAAUCUUGAGAUGGUAUAUUAAAGAAUUUUGUGUGAACCUAAUCCACUAAGUUCUCAUCUUUGCCAGAUUUUAUGGGUAUAUUUGUUUUAUUUGUUUUGCCCAUCAAUAAUACACUACGAGUAGUUUGUGUACAUGACCAAGGAAUUUGUUCUUAAAAACUUUGACCUCUCACAGGCCAAAGUUACACCUUUCAUUCAUGUUGUAUUAUCAGUUUGUAUUGCUUCAAGAAUUUUUCCUCUCUUCUUGAGUUGGAAUGUAUUUACUUAAA